GGCUUCGGGGCGAAGCGCAAGACGGUGGCCGGGAAGCCGCGGGGAGGCGGACGGUGGCCGACGAGGUCCGGCAUGGAGCACCUGGAGCGCUGCGCGAGGCUCCUGCGGGGGACGCUGGUGCGAGCGGCCGUGCGGCGCUACCUGCCCUGGGCGCUGGCGUUCUCCAUGCUGGCGGGCUCCGUCCUCAAGGAGCUCUCCCCGCUGCCCGAGAGCUACCUCAGCAACAAGCGCAACGUUCUCAACGUAUAUUUUGUCAAACUGGCCUGGGCCUGGACCUUCUGUCUCCUCCUGCCUUUCAUUGCCCUCACCAACUACCACCUGACAGGCAGGGCUGGCCUGGUCCUGCGGCGGCUGAGUACCCUGCUGGUGGGCACGGCUAUCUGGUAUGUCUGCACAGCCAUCUUCUCCAACAUCGAACACUACACGGGCAGCUGCUACCAGUCACCAACCCUGGAAGGGGUCAGAAAGGAGCACCAGAGUAAGCAGCAAUGCCACGGGGAAGGAGGCUUUUGGCAUGGCUUUGACAUCUCAGGCCACUCCUUCCUGCUGACCUUCUGCGCCCUUAUGAUUGUGGAGGAGAUGGCCGUGCUGCAUGAACUGAAGAUGGACCGAAGCCACUGUCUCCACACUGCCAUCACCACCCUGGUGGUGGCCCUGGGCUUCCUGACCUUCAUCUGGGUAUGGAUGUUUCUGUGCACGGCCGUUUACUUCCACAACUUGUCCCAGAAAGUAUUUGGUACCCUCUUUGGUUUGCUGGGCUGGUAUGGGACCUACGGGUUUUGGUAUCUGAAAUCUUUUUCCCCAGGACUUCCUCCCCAGACCUCUAGUUUGAAUUCGAAGCAAGAUAGUUAUAAGAAAUAAAAGCAAAACAAAAGGGGUGAUAGUA